GUUAUAACUUCGUCAGAUGCAUUCUCGCAUGUCAUAUGAAGCAGUGAUAUUCAAAUGUGGCGGCAUUAUUUUGAGGUGUAACUACCAUAGAGUUUUAAACGAUGAGCAAUGAAAAAGCAGAGGAAAAUGUACCUAAUAAGGAUGGAGAUAACCCGUACGCUUAUUUAGAACGCGAUUUUUCAUCGGAAAGUUUCAAGAUUGAGGUUAAGAAUUUACCGAAAUAUUAUGGGAUAAACGAAUUUAGGAAAUUAUUAAACGAAAAAUUAAAAUUGGCUUCGAAUAAAAUUAAAUCGCCUCGACAGAAUUGUUCUUACAUUUUUGUUUGUUUCCGGAACGAAGAAGACCGCCAAAAUGCAAUAAACACGAUUACGAAUUAUAAAUGGAAAGGAAAAGUUUUAAAUGCAAUAAAAGCAAAACCAGCUCCAGAUCCUUUAGUUAAAAAACGAAAAGACACUGAAGAGAACUCGCCAAAUAAAAAAAUCAAAUCUGAUAAACCCCUUUUAGAGCGCCUAAAAGAUUCAACAAUCCCUUUUUGGAACAUAACCUAUAACCAACAACUCGAAGAAAAACAAAAAACCAUUCGAGACAUUUUAAUUAAAUUUGGAAAUAAUUUAUCCCACCAAAAUAAUAGUCUACAAAAAUGGAUUGAAAAGCAAAAACUUAAACACAAUGGAUUACCUUGCGAACUUCUCCAAAUUCGAAGUGUUGAUAAAAUUGAAGGAUAUCGCAAUAAAUGCGAAUUUUCAGUUGGAAUCAACGAAGAAACGAACGAAAAAACCGUCGGUUUUCGAAUGGGAAGUUACGCAAAUGGAAUUACCUCAGUGGGGCCAAUACAAGAUUUGUGUCACAUUCCCGAAACGAUGAAACUCGCCGUAAAAUAUUACGAAGAUUUCGUGAAAUCCUACGAUUUGGAGGUGUUUAAUCCAGAGAAACAAACCGGGCAUUUUCGUCAGUUAUCAAUUAGAAGCGCUCCGGAACAACUCAUGCUUGUUUUUGGAAUCCACCCGCAAGAUUUAAACGCAGAAAAGGUCGCAAAAUUCAAAGAGGAUGUUGUUGAGUUUUUUACUACAGGAUUAGGAGGUGGAUGCGGAGUGACUUCGAUGUAUUAUCAAGAAAUUACUAAACGGUAA